AAAUUUAUCUCCCUUUGUUGCUGCUGCGGCUGAGGAAUUUCGCUCCAACGGCCCCGUUGACUUGACAAUAACUCCAAUAAUAUUUAACAGAAUGUCCUGAAAAUAUAGUGUUGGUACGUAGGAGCAUAUGAUAAGACCAUUUUUCAUCUUGUAAGAUGGAAAAUGAAACAUUACAUGAUGAUAUGAAGUCAUGUAAGUUAAUAAGUGUGUCAACUGAUAUUAUAUUACCCAAGGAAAGUGAAAAGUGCAUUCGAAAAACUCAUGACAAGUCAGUUACAAAUCCUAAAGAGAAUAUAAAGGAAAAUAUUGCCUUUGAUAAAAAAGCCGAAAGUAAAGAAUGUCAGACUGAACAGAAAGACAUUUGUGGGAAUGAACCUGUUAACAUGGUUACUUCAUUGACAGAUACUGGAUUAAUAACAUCUUUUCAACAUAGAGGUGAGAAACCAGAUGUCGGCCAUCUUAUGAUGUCAAAGAUUCUUCCAGAUUCUAUACUUGAAAGUGACCCUAGCAACAAUGAUUUUCUACCCGAUAAGAAUAAUAAUGCAAAUCUUUCACAAAGAGAUGGUUGUGGAACACCACCAAUACCAAAAGACGAGGAAAGAAAUUGUAAAACAUCUAAUCACAUUCCAUUUACAGAAGCAGCAAGAAGUUUGUCACCACUUAAAGGAGGAUUAUUACAGAAUGUUGAAGAUGAAAGAUUGUCUCUAUCUGGAGUGGUUAGAGUUUUAGGAGAAAGAGAUGAUAUACUAGACAUAAAACAUAAUAAAGAUUUAGAACAUAUAUGGAAUUGUUUAAAACCGGACAAAAAAGAGGUUAAAAAAUGUGCAGCAGCUGCAGAGAUGGUUGUCAAAGCAGACUAUAAUAUCAUCUUUAAAAACUGUCUGAAAGAUUUAAAAGAAGUUGAUUUUAAACAAACAGAUUCUUUUACAGGAUGGCAUCAAGUAAAGUCAAUGUUAAAUGUUGCUUGGAUGUUGUCUGAUUCAAGUCCAUUGUUUUGUAAGCAAACAAUUGAAGAUACUGAAGCAGUUCAGAACUUAUAUAAUAUAAUGAGACUAAUCAUAGAAUGUGAUAUAUUUGAAGAAAACAAAAAUCUGAAAUACAUUAUCAAAGCUUUUCUUGGAAUUUUGCACAAUAUAUGCAGACAUUGUUCAAAUUUUAAGGAAUGUUUGAGAAGUUGUCCUUUUCUGUCUGUGAUGUUAAGAUUAUCAAAGACCAAGAUUGCAAUGAUACGAGCUAAAUGUUUGAUUGUGAUGUCAUACAUAGUUAAUGAUUCUGAAAUUCAUGUUGUCAGUACCGACUGUAAAGUGCUGGUAUUUAUCAUUGAUAUUCUGAAAAAUGCAAAAUGUUCUGAGGAUCACAUGUCAUACAAAUAUGGGAUGAACGUAUCAGAAAUACUGCAUGGCUUGAAUAAUCUGUUGGCAAAUGAUGAAAACAAGGAGAAACUUAUGUCAUUAGAUAUUUUAAAUCUCUAUUUAGAAAUCUUAUCCAAGAAUUUUUCAGAUGAAGAAGUAUGUUUAACAGUAAUGGGUAUUUGGAAAUUGUCCUUCCAUGACUCAAACAAAGACAAAAUGAAGAUGCAUUCUCAACUUUUAGAAGAACUGGACAGACUACAACUUUCAGACAAAGAGGAUGUCAGACAUGCUGCAAGAGGUGCAUUGUGGGAAAUAAACCAACAUGUUGAAGGUCCUAAUCUAAACACCAACUCUGGUAAGCUAGAAGUAGAUUGUCCCCAUAUUAUGAUAAGUUAUCAAUGGGACAGCCAAUCAGUGAUGUUAAAGGUCAAGGACAGACUGAAGGAAGCUGGAUACAAAGUUUGGAUGGAUGUAGAGCAUAUGACUGGCUCCACACUAGAAGCUAUGGCACUGGCAGUAGAAAAAGCAGCAGUGGUGUUAAUUGCAAUGUCUCAAAAAUAUAAAGACAGUCCAUCAUGUAGAUCUGAGGCUGAAUAUACAUAUAAACUAAGGAAAAGUUUCAUCCCUCUACGACUUCAGCAUCGUUAUGUACCAGAUGGCUGGCUGGGCAUGCUCAUUGGAACUCGAUUGUACUUUGAUAUAAGCAGUGAAGAUAAAAUAAAUCAUCAGAUGGACAAUGUUAUGAAGGAACUAGGGAAUCGUGGAAAGAUUGGUUCUCAUACAGAUACUGUUGAUGGGUGUUCAAAUACAAAACAAAUGAACACAGCAGUAAAUAGACUGAGAUAUGAAGAUUGGUCCUCUACAGAUGUAUUUUCCUGGUUAUCAGACAACGCUGUUAAAUUGCCUGAAAACAUACUAAAGGAGCUGGAUGGGCCAUUACUGAAAGAACUUAUGACUAUACAAGACAGGGCACCAGAACAUUUCUACAGACUUUUACAAAAUGAUUUUGGCUUUGAAGUGAUCAAUUUGCUGAGAUUCUCAAAGUUAUUGAGACAAUUAAAUACUUUGUACUAAAUUGGUAAAGCAUUGAGCUAUGUAGUCCUUUGUAUUGUAUGAUCUAGAUAUGUGAAGGGAAUCAGGAUUCUGUAAACCAACUUAUUUUCACGACUUUCGUGAGUAGGAAAAUAAUGCAAAUUUUAAUCGUCAUGAAAAUGUAUAACUUGGUGCUUUCCUUAUUAAACUACUUUAAGAAAAAAUAGAAAAUUGCGAAAUUAAAUCGCCGCAAAGUGGACUAGAAAGGAAUAAAUGCAAAAUAAAGUAUCUGUGAAAAUAAAUUGGUUUACAGUAUUUGUUUUUUACUUUUUUUUGUAAAUCAUUUUUAUUUGUUGGGUGACAAUUUUAAUAGAUUUUGUGGGUAAAGGUAAACCAAAUUUAAAUGUUUUACGAAGUAUUCAUAUUUAAAAGUAUUCAUAUUCUGUAGGCUUGUAUACAGACUGGCAAAAUCACAAAGUUUUAUUAAUACAUGUAUCAGUGGAAUGCAGUUGUUCCUCAAUCCACGAAAAUUGAUACCCAAGAAUAUAAAUGAAUCCACAGUAGGUCAAAUUUGAUAGGAAAAAUGUGAAGACUAACUACAACAAAAUAUAAAUCAAUUCAUUUGUAAUUUUCAACAUGUAUGUUACAUGGUAAGUACUGACUGUCAUUCAUUGGUUGAGUUCAUAUUUAAAGACAUUUAUGGAAAACAUUUUUAAAGUAAUAUAAGAUUUAGGGUAAUUUUGUGUCUUGUAAACUUUUAUCCACAUUUUCUUUUAUUUUUGUAUUGAUCUGCCUUGACUUUUUUUCAGGGAAUUUUAACUUUGUCUUUUUUCUGUUAAUAUCAUUUUUUAAGCAUUCCACAUUAAAAUUACAUGUUUUUACUGUGAUAUGAAUUGUUUUUGAAUGUAUAUAUGUAUGUUUAUAUAAUGAUGCAAUAGCCUUUCAACUGUGAUAACUAUUGUCUGGUUUUGUCACAUGUCAUUUAUCAGAGAAUGUAUUUAAUGUACUGGUGGAUGCAUUAUUACAUGUAUUCUUUGGAUACCAAUUUUCGUGGAUUUCGUGGUUACAGGUGAAACAAGAAAUUUUAUGUUCAACAAAUGACAAAUUUUAAAUCGGCUUGUUUGCAGGACCUCACCAAAACAAUGAAAUUAAAUAUCCAUGAACAUACAAGUUUUCUUUUAUCCACGAAAAUUAGUACCCACGAAAUAAAUUAAUCCACAGCAAGUGUUUGUAGAUAUUGUAAUUGUUUAAACUAAUACGGUAACAGUAGGAAAACAAAUAAAGUCGAAAAAGCAUUUAAGAGGGGGGCAAGGGGUUUAACUGUUAU